AUGCCUGGAAAUCAAGCGUCUGCCGUGCCGCAGGGAGAUCGUCAGAGGAGAGCGAGGCCGGAGUCUGAGGAUGUCACGGAUCAACCCGCUGCGACACAAAUAAGAGUGGAGGAGGCGCGGCGACCACAGUGGACCAUUAGCAGCACCGUAGAGGACAUCCUGCUGGAGGGAAGCACUAACAGGACCGAAAUGAAGCUGAAUGAUUUCCUCCGGAGCAACUUGGGCGAGGAGUGGGUUGUGGAAAGAAAUGGGAACGUCACGAUGGGGAAUUUUGUUCAGAAUCCCGAGACGUUUAUCAAAAAGAAAGGGUUAUUACACACAAUAAAGGCAUCGCCGUCAUACCCAGAGCUGGAAAGAGAGCUGGAGGAAAGGAAAAUACUAUUGGAGGCUAUUUAUAAGCUUCAUCACGAGGGUGUGUUCUCUCUCGAGCAAUGGAGGGACUAUGAAGGAAAGGACACAGUCACUCCACUUGCAAGGAGAAAUCUAAACAGAGUACUCACUCAAUUACUGAGAGAAGAAAGCCGUGAGGCGGAAGAAAGGGCAGUGCGGGAGGGACAUGUAGGAUUUGCCCUAACUACUACGAUCAGGGAUGUGCUAUUUAGAGGAAGAGUUCGCGUCAAGGACAUGAAGCUGAAUGAUUUUCUUAUGAUGGAAUUGGAAGGCAGAGGCAUUUUGCGCGCCAAUCGGAAUGUCUUACUGAGGGUUUUUUUCAGUGAUCCCACGAGUCAUAUCCGCGAUGCGGGAGUAUUGAACGAAAUACGGGCAUCAGGUGCUUAUUUGAGGAUGGAGAUGGCUGUACGGGAGGAAAUGGGUUUGGAAGAAGUUGCACGCAGUCUUUGCGAGAAUGGUGUGUUCUCUCUCGAGCAAUGGAGGGACUAUGAAGGAAAGGAUACGGUCACUCCACUUGCAAGGAGAAAUCUAAACAGAGUACUCACUCAAUUACUGAGAGAAGAAAGGCGGGAGGCAGAAGAAAGGGCAGUGCGGGAGGGACAUGUAGGAUUUGCCCUAACUACUACGAUCAGGGAUGUGCUAUUUAGAGGAAGAGUUCGCGUCAUGGACGUAAAGCUGAAUGAUUUUCUUAUGAUGGAAUUGGAAGGCAGAGGCAUUUUGCGCGCCAAUCGGAAUGUCUUACUGAGGGUUUUUUUCAGUGAUCCCACGAGUCAUAUCCGCGAUGCGGGAGUAUUGAACGAAAUACGGGCAUCAGGUGCUUAUUUGAGGAUGGAGAUGGCUGUACGGGAGGAAAUGGGUUUGGAAGAAGUUGCACGCAGUCUUUGCGAGAAUGGUGUGUUCUCUCUCGAGCAAUGGAGGGACUAUGAAGGAAAGGAUACGGUCACUCCACUUGCAAGGAGAAAUCUAAACAGAGUACUCACUCAAUUACUGAGAGAAGAAAGGCGGGAGGCAGAAGAAAGGGCAGUGCGGGAGGGACAUGUAGGAUUUGCCCUAACUACUACGAUCAGGGAUGUGCUAUUUAGAGGAAGAGUUCGCGUCAAGGACAUGAAGCUGAAUGAUUUUCUUAUGAUGGAAUUGGAAGGCAGAGGCAUUUUGCGCGCCAAUCGGAAUGUCUUACUGAGGGUUUUUUUCAGUGAUCCCACGAGUCAUAUCCGCGAUGCGGGAGUAUUGGGCGAAAUACAGACAACAGGUGCUUAUGCGGAGAUGGAGAUGGCUGUACGGGAGGAAAUGGGUUUGGAAGAAGUUGUACGCAGGCUUAGCGAGAAUGGUGUCAACAGUCUAGCAGCGUGGUCAUUAGCUGCUGAGGAGGUAAAAGCAUGUGUUCGCGACGACACUAAAAUCUCAUUGAAUGCAGCCCUUGAGGAGGUGAGGAACCCAACGACGUCGAGCGCACCGAUAUACCUGGAGGGAGAGUACGAGUCUGUGUACAAUGCGAGGUGGCAUCAUGUCGUGGAAGUUCCUGACGGCGGGGGGACGGUAAUGAAGGUGGAGGAGGGGAAACCAGAACAGCAAUGGACUUACAAGGCAGCUGGCAGAACUUUCGAAAAGGAUGACGGUGCACAGCAAUCCGGUGCACCACGUCUCAGGCUGAUGGUGCUUACCUCGGACAAGGGAUGGCCGUACUCGUGGAAAUGGAAGGAGAAGGAAUCCAUUCAUGACUGCUAUGUGAACUGUGAGGUGGAGCGAGUGUGGCAGAUCGUCAAAAAGGAUCUAAGCGAAUUCCUCAGCCCUGACGAUGAGCCCGGCUUUGUGCCUGGGCGACGUGUGCUGAUUGGGACGCCCGGGAUUGGGAAAUCGAUGAAUGCCGGCUCGUACCUCCUUUACCAGCUGCUGCACUACGAUGCCGAGCAACUCCCAAUGGUUGCGUACUUUAUUGCGGAUCGAACUUUUCUGUUUGACAAGACCACCCAAGUGGCGUCAGUGUACAAGGGUGACGACAGUAUUUUCCGUAUUGUGAGCAGUUUCUCUGGGCGUGGGGUGAAAGGGUAUGUUAUUUACGAUGUGGCAGUGAAGGGUAAGCAACCGCAAAUUGCUUUGCCUUGCGAGGGUUGGGGUAUGAUUCUGCUGACAUCACCAAACAUAAAAAACUUCGAAUGGUGGGCGAGUCGCAGGUACGCGGCGCGAAUCGUAAUUAAUUGUCCUGAAGAGAGCGAUGUGAGGGCAAUAUGUGCAUGGAUGAAGCACAAUCGGUCCCCGCAGGAACAAGCGGAAUACUGGAAGGAGGUCAAAGAACAAAUGGAAAAAGUGGGACCGAUUCUCCGCUUCAUACUUAAUAAAACGGCAUAUAAUGACCGCUUCUCCGAAGGUGAAUCUGCCGUGAAUAAGAUCACCGCUUCGAAAGCCGAGCAUUACGCUAAUAUUGGAGAGCUUAAUGCGUUUAAUGACAGUGAAGUGUCUCACAAGCUUGUGAAGGUUGUCCGAGUACGACGAGACAACAUUGAAUGGCCUUUGAAUGUACCGAUAUCUCACCAUUUUGAAAGUAAAAUAUUCUCCAAGUUGGAAAGUGAAAUGAGGCAGUUCGAUUUUAUUUUUCUUGUGCUGAGUAUAUGGGAUUAUGUCAUACCUUAUCUUCUUGAAAAGUGUGCCGUAUCCGCAUUUUUGAAUGAGGAUUUCUUGCGUGCGAUAAGACUUAAAAUCAAUGAACUGAAGCUAACAGGCCGACCUGAGCCACAAGAAUGUGCGCUGUUAAGGUAUUCGAACAAAACAUUAACCAGGAAAGAGGAGCCACCAGAGAACCCUUCUAAUCGGAUUGCCAUAGAGUACUGGGUGCUGUAUCGACCGGCGGCCAAAAACUUUCCGCUGUUGGACGGCUUUUUCUUUGUGGACUCAAACCCGAAGAUAAUGGUUGGGCUGCAGAUCACUACGGCAAGUGAGCACCACACCCUAACCAGUACUGUGAAGUUGUUCACUGAACAGCUGGCGGCAUAUUUUAAUGAUUGGGAGGAAUUAUCCCGAGACAUGUCGUGGGAAAUUGUUUAUGUGCAGCACAAAGACAACAAGCCGCUAACUGACUGGCAGAGAUGUGGUCCCGCCAAUCCCAAUAAUGAAACCAACGCUGAAAAAGAAAUUGCGGAGUUUUGGAAGAAAAAGGUGUAUCAGUACCGAGUAGGAGUAUCAGCCGAUGACAUCAAACAAAGAGUUUCCAGCGUGGAAAACGACCAACAAGGUACAAGCACAAAUUAG